UUUCCCGAGACUCUGUGGUUGUAUGAGAUCAGCAGGCACUCAGCAGCUGUCAAGAAGUUUACAAGGAAGCAGGAAUGGCUAAAGUCGAGUUAACGCCGCUUAGACCGUGGGAUGAUUUCUUCCCUGGAUCUGAACGAUUUGCCAAACCAGACAUCCGCGAUUUAUCGAAAUGGAACAACAGAGUGGUUAGCAACCUGCUUUACUACCAGACUAACUACAUGGCCAUGGCUGUGGUUGUGUUUCUGAUUGUGGGGUUCAUGAACCCCAUUGGCAUGUUCACCGGAGCAGCAGUAGUCGUAGCAGUGUUCCUUGGCGCGGUGUGGGCUGGAGACAACAAAGCUGUAAUCAAGAACUUUAAGAAGGACAACCCUACACUGUUUAUCUUUGUAGUGCUGUUUGCCAGCUACCUCCUUAUGUCUCUCUUCGGUGGAGUCAUGGUCUUCUUGUUGGGGAUUAAACUCCCGCUAAUCUUGAUCUUCACUCACGCGUCACUGCGUCUGCGCAACAUGAAGAACAAGCUGGAGAAUAAGAUGGAGAGCGCAGGGCUGAAGAAGUCACCCAUGGGCAUUCUACUGGAAGCACUCGGCCAACAGGAAGAGAAUUUAAGCAAGAUUCAAGACUUCUUGGAGAGCAAGCUCAAGGAAUGACAGCGAAGUUUCCUUGAUUUCAGUCUGCAUGAUCAAGAUCCAGGUGUACGGAUGAUUACAUCUCCAAAAGAUGUGUGAAUGUAUGCUCAAGUGCUUGCAGUGAGAUUUCUAUCAAGUAACAUGAUGAGAUCAUUUACAAAUGUUACAAAGCACUAUUUUUCUAUGAAUUGAAAUUUUCUCUUUUUUCUAUGAAAGGUACUUUUUUUUUUUUUUUUUAGAAAGAACCAAAGAUAAUGAGAACUGUUGCAAGAUAUAGGAAGGGAUCAUUGCAGGAUGUGAUGCUAAAGUGCUAACUCAUGAUGAAUGUUCUUCCUCCAGUUGCCAGAUGACUAAACUGGCUUAUGAAAGUAGCUUCUGGGCUCAAGUACUGUUAACAUGACUUGAAGGUAUACUUCUCAACUUCUCAUGCCUGGUAGCUUUAUAUGAGCUUUAUUUAAUCUAUGAUAAACCAAAGUCCGUUGGUAUUAUUUGCUUGUUUUCUGUGAGUUUUCUGUAUUUGAAUGCAUCUCAUUUAACUGGAACAGGCAUGGACAGCAGCAUGUCUUAGUUCAAGAGGAAAUAAUGCGAGGAAUCAUUUAGACUGUGAAAGUCGUAAGCGUUUGUCUUCAACAUAUUUUGAGUUACAAAAUCUUAUGUUCGUUUCUGAUAAAUCACUCAUAAAUACCAAAAUGUUUAUUAUUAAUAACGAAGAAAUAACUUAUCUUGAAGUGUCUAAAAAUUCAGUGUUAAAUAUUGUGUGCAAGGGAUUAGUUACACCAAAAACACUCCAUGAUGUUAUUCAAUGACAAAUAAAAUAAAAAGUGCUUUUUUCCCCACA